UUCUGAGCCGUGCCGAACCUUCUCCUCGUGUGCAGCUGACAUGCGGAGCAUGCAGCGAUUCCACCAAGAUGACCGUGGUUGGGAUGACAUUGGCUACAGAUGGCAGCUCAGCCUGGAACAGAGGGCCCAUCUUUACUGAGGGCCUACCUAUGGCAGACUGUGCCGCCAAAUGGGGAGAAGGUGCCAGAACUGGGACCUAUUCAUGACAGACCGGAAAGCAGCAGGCACAGGGGCAAGAUGCAGAAGUGGAAGCGAGCACAAAGCCAGCCUGACAGUGAAGCAUCUGAGUCUGGCCAUGACCAUCUCCCACCGUUGGCCUCCCAAGACAGCAGAGCGGCCACUAAGAGAUCUGUCUUCCAGAGGGCUUUCUCUCUGCCAGCCAAGAAUGGCAAGGGCCAAGAGAGAAGCAGUAAGCUUAGCGUGAGGAAGUAUCUGCGCUCCGUGUCUCAUUGGAAGAGCCAAGAGGGUCCCUCCCAAACGGUGAGGGAGACCAAGGAUACAAGCAAAGGUGAUGAUUCUGUUGUCCAGCUGACUCCAAGCAAGGUUCCUGGUGCUCCUCCCUGGGAUGUGGCUAAUGUGUCUCUGCAGGAUGGACGGCUGGUGUUUUGGGGCAGAGAUGAGGAGAGUCUGCUUGAGAACCGGAAACGAACCAGCAGUUCUGUUUCAGAGAGUAACUCAAUAUUCCGACCGGGUAAGGAGAAUAGACAGUUUUCCAUGGAAGGACAGGCUCCUGAGAAAAAGGCUUUCCAGGAUGCUUCCUCUGGCACCCAGCUUGGCAAUGUGAAGGGGCUGCUUUGGAGACGUUUCAGAGAUCGGAAGGGACGGGGCCACUCUAAGACUGACUCCUUGGGUGAAUCUGUUGUGGAUGGCAAUAGGGAGGCCUUGCCUGGCCCAGCUCUUACCCUGGACUUGAGCAAUGAGAAAGAUGUCUUGAUCCGACCACUUCAUAGCAGCCUUGUGGGAGAGCAGUACUGCUUUGAGAUCUUGAGUGCUGGGAGGCGCUACUGCUUUACCUGCCCAUCUGCUGCUGAGAGAACCCACUGGAUGGAGAACCUGCGCCAAGCUGUCCAGCCCAGUAUGGACAACUGCCAACGGAUGGAGCGCAGGCUAAGUCUUUGGGUAUAUGAAGCCCGAGACUUGUCUCCCAGGAAGCACUACCGCUGUGAACUCCAAUUGGAUGGGGCCCUAUAUGCCCGCACAACAGCCAAGCAAGCCAGCCCCAUAGGAACUCUCUUCUGGGGCGAGCACUUUGACCUCAAGACUCUUCCACCAGCUGUGGAACUCCAGAUCUGCCUGGUACAGGAAGAAGAAGGGCUGUGGCCAAGGGACAGCUCUGUUGCCAGUAUGUCUGUUCCCCUAAAGGAUCUGGCUGCUGUGCGCCAACCUUUGGAGAGAUGGUACCCACUGGGCAAAGAGAAGCCAAACAUGCCUACCCUCCGGCUACGAGGACGAUACUGCAAUAUCAAAGUGUUGCCCAUCGUGCAGUACAAAGAAUUUGCUGAAUAUCUUACUUUCCGUUAUCGGGAACUAUGUGUUUCAUUGGAGCCCAACCUCAGUGCCAGGGACAAGGAAGAGCUGAUGGGUGUUCUCGUGCGGGUCUUGCAAAGCACAGGCAAAGCCAAGGACUUUCUCAUUGACUUGGGUAUAGCCGAGCUGGACCGUUUUGAUGACCGGGAAGCUUUGAUUUUUCGUGAAAACACACUUGCCACCAAGGCCAUUGAUGAAUACAUGAAGCUGGUGGGAAGCUCAUACCUGCUGGCCACAUUAAGUGACAUUGUAACCCAGCCAAACUUUUUGGAGGAUUGUUGUGAAGUGGACCCAAGCAAAUGCCCUUCCCGUGACCUGGCUGACAAUCGCAACAAUCUGCAGCAACUCUGCGAAGAGGUCUUCCGAAGGAUUGCUAUGUCCAGCAACUCCUUUCCAGCCGAGCUGAGUGAAAUCUUCACAGCCUGGCAAGAAGAGUGCCAGUUGCGGGGAAAGGUGGACAUUGGCCAGCGACUCGUCUCUGCUUCUCUAUUCUUACGCUUCCUUUGCCCGGCCAUUAUGUCCCCCAGCCUUUUCGGCCUCACGCAGAAAUACCCCGAUGACACCACCUCCCGCACCCUCACCCUGGUGGCCAAGGUUAUUCAGAAUCUAGCCAAUUUCACCACGUUUGGGGAAAAGGAGGCCUAUAUGAGUUUCAUGAAUGAGUUUCUUGAGCACAACUGGGAUACCAUGACAUCAUUUCUCAGCAGUGUUUCAAGCCCUGGUAGUACCAUACCGUUGAGUGCCUAUGAUGACUCUAUUGACCUGGCCCUGGAAUUGUCCAUCCUUCACUCUCUGCUCUGUAACAUCUUCUCUGCUCUGGAACAGCGGACACAGGAGAGACUGCAGCCUCUGCCAGCAAUCCUCCAGGCCAUCCAAGAGGGAACCCCUGUGCCUGUCUCCAUCCUUCCUGGGCCUCACAUGGAAGAGAGACACACUGAAAAACAGAAACUAGGGUUUGUGCCACCACGGGAUCUGAGCAAAUACAGCCCUCUGAUCAAGAGCCAGUCCAUGACCAGCAUCCAGAAGAACAGAGGCAAGGAAGAGCUACUGACUCCUUUACAUCAAACCAAAAACAGGAGCAAAGUACAGCGUACCCAGAGCGUCCCAACCCAGAGCAAGGCAUCUCGACGUCUUCGCAAGCAGAACAGCACAGAGCGUGUGGCUGACAAACAGGACAGCAGCCCUCAGCCUUAUGACUCCUCUCUGUACAAUGGUGACAGCAACAAGGCGACCCAGCGGGGCUCAAAGCUCCACCCCUGUGUAUCGCUGCCCCAGAAACCGUCGGUGCCUUGGUUACGACAUUCUGAGGAUGCAUCAGCAAUGCAAAACUGCCUGUACACCAUGCAACCCCUGGAACAGUAUGCGAGGCGGAUGGAGGUGCUCCAAAUGAAGCUGAGUUCAGCCAGGGAGCAGCAGCAGUUCCUGGAGGAGCAGGUGAAGUCACUGUCUGCUCAGAAUCAAGUGCUGCUGCAGGAGCAGGCCAGAUUUCAAGAACGAGAAGAGGUGCUUGGCAAGAGGCUGGAAGAGACAGAAAACUGCCUGGUCCAGCUCAGCAGCAGGGUGUCCAGCGUAGAGGCCAGCUGGAAGAAGGAUCAUGAGAAGCUGCGAGUGAGUGAGGAGAAGGCCAAACAUCUGGAGCAGCAGCUCUCCAGAAUGGAAAGGGACCACGACCAGCUUUUCCGCGCUGUUAGCCAGAUGCUGGGGUAUCGAGCAUAGGCCGUCACAGCACUGCAGCAACUUUCAGGGCCCGUGUGGGUAAAUAGGACUGACAAUGGGAGAGUCGCAUGCCUCGGCAUCCCUGAGUCCAAAGCAGGCUCUUCCUUUGCAGAUCCUGUAUAAAACCCUGCCCCAUGGAUGCUUUGCAGAGAACUCAGAUAAUGGAAAAAUGUGUCUUCUAUUGACAAGCAUUGCUCGAACGGGUCCUGUGCCACAACCUCCUGUGCUUUACAUCCUCUGCUUCAGUGUUUCUCAACCUUGGCAACUUGAAGAUGUGUGG